UAUUAACAAGCAAUUCUGUUUCUGCAAUAAUAAUGGAGAUGAAGAAAGCAAUAUGCCUCUGCCUCUUGUUGGCUCUUUUUCUCGCUCUUCCAUUACAAACUGCAGCAACGGUUGGCCCAGCGAUGGCCCCUCCACCAAAACUAACUGAAAAAGAGUGCAAGGAUAAAUGCAAUGUCAGGUGCGAGUAUGCUCGUCUAAAACGUUGCUUAAAGUACUGCAACGAUUGCUGUACGAAGUGCAACUGUGUUCCAAGUGGGCAUUAUGGUAAUAAGGAUGAAUGCCCAUGUUACAGAGACAGGAAGAACCACAGAGGCAAACCCAAAUGUCCAUGAGUGAAACUUGCUCUUUUUAUUUCUUCUGGUUUAGUGUUGUUAUGGAAGAUGCUAAAAUAAAUUAUGUGGAUCUGUCAUUAGACAUUUCCAAGCAGAUUCAUAUGUAUUGUCUGCUACUAAACAGACAUUUAAUACCUAUUGUUUAUUUCUAGUCUCUGCUCAUUAUUGGGCAUCUCAAUAAGAGUUUCCUCGAGGAAAAAUAA